CCAGCCGAGCCGAGCCGAGCCGGGAGGUGCCAGGGAGAGGCAGGCAGAGCCCGGCCGGCCGCCUGCGGCUCAGCGCCGAUCGUGCCGCGUCGCCAGGCUCCGCGUACCCCCGCCUCUGCGUAGGCUCCGGCAAAACUUUUAUUCUCUGGGGUCCCCCGGGGUGUGUGAAGGAAUUGGAGCGCUCGGCCGUCUCCGCGCUCCCCUGCAGCGGCGACCGAGGGGACGUGCAUCCCUCGUCCGCCGGGCUCUCGAACCCUGCGCCUCCUCACCUGCUGAUCGCUCCCCAGAGCCGCGAGGGGGCACCCCCGGAGGGGCGGCGCGGGCGCCGGCGCCCCCGAACUCUCCCGCUCACCGCGGCGGACCCGCCCGGCACAACUUUAACUUGAUUCCUCUCGCUCCACCCGGGCACCCGGGGUUGCUGCUGCGGCUGCUGCUGCUGCUGCCGCCGCCGCUGCCGCUCACAAAGGGGCUCGAGGAAGAGAGGCGAGGCGGCGCGAGCGGCAGGGACGGGCCUCUGGGCCGCUGAGGCGGGGAGACAAAAGGGAAACUGCCUCUGCUCGCGCUGCCGGUUCGGAGCAGCCUGCUCGUCCGCCUCCCGCCCGGCUCGGUGAGUUUCCUCCCCCAAACCCCGGGCGCUGCUCCGCCUCCCUCCCCGCGGGCUGUCCCCGCAGUGCUCCGGGACCCGGCGAGCUUCGGGGCGCGCGUAGCUGCUGGUCGUUGGGGCUCUAGCGAUAAUAAAUGAUAGAGGAUACAAUGACUUUGCUGUCUCUGCUGGGUCGCAUCAUGCGCUACUUCUUGCUGAGACCCGAGACGCUUUUCCUGCUGUGCAUCAGCUUGGCGCUUUGGAGUUACUUCUUCCACACCGAUGAGGUGAAGACCAUCGUCAAGUCCAGCCGGGACGCUGUGAAGAUGGUGAAGGGCAAGGUAGCCGAGAUCAUGCAGAACGAUCGACUCGGGGGGCUUGAUGUGCUGGAGGCCGAGUUUUCCAAGACCUGGGAGUUCAAGAGCCACAACGUGGCCGUGUACUCCAUCCAGGGCCGGAGAGACCACAUGGAGGACCGGUUCGAAGUUCUUACGGAUCUGGCCAACAAGACACACCCGUCCAUCUUUGGGAUCUUCGACGGGCACGGGGGAGAGACUGCAGCUGAAUAUGUAAAAUCUCGACUCCCAGAGGCCCUUAAACACCAUCUUCAGGACUACGAGAAAGACAAAGAAAACAGCGUAUUGUCUUACCAGACCAUCCUUGAACAGCAGAUUCUGUCAAUUGACCGAGAAAUGCUGGAAAAAUUGACCGUAUCUUAUGAUGAAGCAGGCACGACGUGUUUGAUUGCUCUACUGUCAGAUAAAGACCUCACUGUGGCCAACGUGGGUGACUCAAGAGGAGUCCUGUGUGACAAAGAUGGGAAUGCCAUUCCUUUGUCUCAUGAUCACAAGCCUUACCAACUGAAGGAAAGAAAGAGGAUAAAAAGAGCUGGUGGUUUCAUCAGUUUCAAUGGCUCCUGGAGGGUCCAGGGAAUCCUGGCCAUGUCUCGGUCGCUGGGGGAUUAUCCACUGAAAAAUCUCAACGUUGUCAUUCCAGACCCAGAUAUCCUGACCUUUGACCUGGACAAGCUCCAGCCUGAAUUCAUGAUCUUGGCAUCAGAUGGCCUCUGGGAUGCUUUCAGCAAUGAAGAAGCAGUUCGAUUCAUCAAAGAACGCUUGGAUGAACCUCACUUUGGGGCCAAGAGCAUAGUUUUACAGUCAUUUUACAGAGGCUGCCCUGACAACAUAACAGUCAUGGUAGUGAAGUUCAGGAAUAGCAGCAAAACAGAAGAGCAGUGAACCCUUCAGGGGUCUCAGCUGCCUCAGACUAAAGGACUUUCAACACACUGGUCUCUUUUAAAAUAGUGAAAGGUGUGGGAGUUGUAAUUAGGAUCAUCCAUCCCAGACACGGAAUUCCCCUGUCCCUGGUGGUCUUAGGUCUAUAUUCAGUGAUGAACAGAGGGUGCUCUUGGCCAAUGCAGUUGAGAGGCUGGAAAAUGGUUUCUUCAUGUUUUCCCAACACGUUCAUCCAAUGUCCAAAGUAUAUAAAUAGCUGUAGAUUCACAUGUAUGUAGUGAAUAAUGUACGUGCCACGUAGUCUCCCUCUUAAGAUUCUUUUCAACAUCCUUUUCAGGGUCCUCCAGGCAUCAGCCAUUGUGUCCUCUCUUUGGCACAGUGGGAAGGGCAGGCCUCCCAGUGCUGCAGGAGCCGGGCUGCUGUGGGUGGUCGGGUGCCGACGUGGCCACACCUUCUGCGGAGAGGCAGAGCUAUCCUGAGAGUGCUUUCUCCUCCCGCGCCCAGGCGUUCUGCUCAGCAGCAGCCCAGAAGCGGGUUUGUAGUGGUUUGUUAUUCGGUGGCUGUUCUUGGAGACAGAGGGAAGCAGGGAGGAUCAGUGGCAGCCACCUACACAGCAGAAAUAACCCUCUUCCCUGACUCCCUUUAUCAGUUAAAUGGACUUUGUAUGCCACCUGACCAGCCUUUGUGAGUUUAUCCUAAUCAUGCAUGACCCUAACCUUUUGCUUAGACCUUACCAUAUGUAAUAGGCAGCUGUUAACUUCACCACCAGACACCAUGAUUUUUCAUCUUACACUACCAAAAAACCAUGUUGGGGAAAUGAAAAAAGCAAGUCACAAUUCCAUAAUUUCUUCCGUCUUUGAGAGUAGAUAGAGGAAAAUGAUGAAUGAGUCACAGUGCCCCUUGGGAAGGAUGCUGUUUGCAUUGAGAGAAAGGAGUGAGCUGGCGAGGUUAUCACCCUGAAUGGAGCCCCAGCUGCCAGUUUUUGUGUGCCCAAUCCCCCCAGCCCCCACCUCCAUCCUAGUAGCUUUCAAGUGGCUUUCAAGCAGUGUUCUGGAAAGCAGCAGCCCAGAACUGCAUGUGUAUUCUGCAGAGGGUGCAGAGUUCCCAGUCACUGCAGUUUGGAAUUUGGUGGGAAAUUACUGGAAUGUGCUUCUCCUUGACAGUGAAAAAUUAGCAGCCUUUAACAUUUGGUUGCAAAUGCCAGUCCACACCGGGUAGCUUUCCCUAGGCAAACACAAACCACUCCACACAGCCUGCAGGGGAGGCAACCAAGGGACACCUGGGGGACCCUUGUGCCAUGGCAACAACACUACGUGGGCAUUCAAGUGUUUACCCGUAUUGAUAAGUGGCCCAGAGUUAUUUUAGGACCUGGCUUGCUGUUCUCCGUUUCCUAUCACCAAAGUCUCAUUUUUCCAACCUCAGUAUUAUGUAAGUUAAUUUAGAGAAAAUGCUGGGUCAUUUGUCUUUGCCUGACUAAAGUAGCUCAAACAGCUAGACAAGAUUUUUUUGUGUCCCCACUUCUCUGUGUCUACCUGGUUUUGUUCUUCCUGCGUGGGCAUUUGCUGUUACGGCUUCUCGCAGGCCCCAUUGACUAGCCACCUCCUACCCCUGGUGCCUCACCUCUGCCCUCCCUCAGCUGUAGAUCCUUCCCAGAGCUGUUUGCGAGGAGAGAACUCUGGAGAAUGAAAAUAUUGCCUGUGGCUGCCGGGGAAUGCAAUCUGUCCUGAUUCCUCCAAACACCUUCCUUUGCACUGAGAAUUACUAAUGGUUUCCCAAGAAAUUUGCUUACUUUUGUAUACUGUGUGUUUAAAUAUUAGAAUUAGAACCCUGGUUAUUGUUUUUUAGCUGUGGAAUGUUCUAGUACAAAAUAUCUGCCACCAUUUUAGAUUUAAGCAUUUGUCUAUUGAGAGACACUGGACAUUUGGAUGUGUGUAUUCAAGGUGGGAGCGGGGAGGGGAGUGUGGAAAACAAAGGCUGCUGUGGUCGGUCCUGAGACAGUCAGGUCAGGGGGCUGAGUCUGCUUGGAGUUUCAGGACGUUCUGACUGUGGAGAGUCACCACAGCCCACCAUCUAACUGAAGUCAGGAAUCGACAGUGUCAGCAUUUUACAAUCCGUAGUCAACUUGCUAUUUUUAUUUUUAACUUAACUUAUAAAUGUAUAACAAUAAGGGAAAGGCAUUUUUAAACUUCACAAUCAUUUUUAUUGUCUAAAGUGAAAAUAGUAAUGUUUUGGUGAAGAUGAAAAAGAAAAGCUACUAAAUUAGUAAAUUAGUGCUUAUGUACCCUGCAAAAUUUCUUAAGAGGUGAUGCUGAGUGCACGAGUUACCUGUUUCCCUCCGAGGUUCACAAAGCAUCUUCUAAAUUUUGCUUUGUAGAAUUAAUUCAUUUAUGACUUUAACCAAAUAGAGUAUAUAUUUCCUGUUCCCUUUCUGCCUCUUUCCCCCCACUAUGGCUUGUAGAUUUUUAAAAGAUAGAAGUUCUAGGCAAAAUAGUAGCAGUCUGAUUAAUAGUUAGGAUAGUUAUGUCUAAAUCAGAGUAUUUUGUUCCCUUCCUCCAUGUCCUCCUAGAGCUCUCUCCCCUGACCCUUUUCAAGCUGUUGUGGGUCUGCGCACAUCACUCCUGGGAUGGCCGAUGGCUCACUGGCUGUUCCCCUUCUCUAGGGACCCCAGAUUCUAGCCUUAGGGAAAUUGAUUUGAGAAGUUUGCAUGUGACGCUUCCCCAAACAGCACUGCCAAAGCUUUGGAAUUGUCACCCAAGGCUGCCCAGACUCCCUAGCUAGCCUGAGUUCAAAUUGCCAAUAGUCCCCAUAGUGCCAAAUUUUGGGAUGGUUUUACAGUCUUUUAGAAAUGAAGCCGGGAACAACCACAUACUCAUGAGCCCCCAGCAAGAUGCCAAGCCCAGGACCUCACUGAUGCACUGCUCUGUUGCUGCUCCACUGGCAAUUUGUACUCCUAACACAGAUUGGGGUUGGGGGACAGGCAGCCAAGGAAAAUUCUUUAAAAAUUCAUUGUAUUCGCAAUUCUUUAAUCACAGGAAUAAACAACACUUACAUAGAAAGCUCCAAAACUAGUUUCCAAGACCCACAUUUAUUUUAUGUGACCAACUUGCCCAAGACAAUUAACCCUGAAUCACUGUUCUAAUACAAUGACACUGUAUGCAUAUGUACAUAUUACUGGUAACCAGUGGCUACAUUCUGUUCCUUUCUGUGCAUUGAGGUAUUGGCCUCUUGAAUCCUGUAUAUGUUGUAAGAGUACUACACGGAGACGGUUACAGUGAAGGAGCAUAUGCGAGCUGGAUAAUUUAAAACAGGCCUUAUUUCAUACAAGUGUAAUUAUUUCAACAGGAUUGCAUGAGAGUGAUGGUAUUAUUAUUUUAGUCCAAUCUGAAAUGAUUCUAGGAAUUUGAUUACACCAUUGGAAUGGAUCGCUGGAAUAUUUAGAAAUACAUGAGUGAUUUCAGAUGCAAUGAAAACUUCUUUUUUUACCAAAUACACCUUAAUUUUCCUGAUUUUUUUCUCACUGAGUUGUUGCCACAUCUAUUUUGCGACUGGGUCAAUGAAAGGUCUAUGUUUGGAAGAGGCAAUAUUUCAUUGUACAUUUCAAAGUGUAGGAAUACAUACUUUGUAUAAAACUCUUUUCCAAUGAUUUUAGAAAUUCUUCUUUCCUCCUUUUGAUCCAUUAUUAGACUGAUUUUCCCUUAAUAUUCCCCCAAAAUUGCCUUAGCACAUCACACCAGCAUUCCUGAUCCAGCUCUGGAGAAAUUAUAUGACUGUUAGAUAUCAUGCCUGUUUAAUUGCCUCUGGAUUAAAUCAUUGAUAUCUAGACUUUUGAGCUAGUUAGCUACACACUGCAGAAGUAAUAGAAUCCAGUGUUCCCCAAAGUAUGUUCCAAAGAACACAGGUUCCAAAGAUGCUCUUCCAAAUACAGGGUUUCAGGGUCAAACGAGUUUGGGAAGCACAUACUAUUUUAGAAAGUUAAUGCAUAAGAGCACAUCAAAGGCUCUAAUUUAAAUGUCCUGUAAGAGAGGGGGAAAAAACAUCACAAUAUGUACUUUCAAUUAGCACAGUGUUUUCCAGAGUAAUUUGACCACAGAAGCUUUUCUGAAUAACACCUAGUAACAUUCCAAGGAACUUGUGUUCUACAUAAUUCACUUUGGGAAAUACUGGCAUGUUGAAAUGUUGCCAUGUCUCCUAGUUGUAGCAAUAUAAUUUGCAGUUUAGAAGCACUAAUUCUUUCACAUAAGAAGCUGACUAGUUAAUAAAAGCAGUGUUAAAAAGUAGCAUUUAAUAUGAUGUAAGAUGACCACCAGCAGCCUCACAUUAAUAGCAGAAGUCCAACAAUCCUACCUAAAACUCUAAACAUUAUCUCCCUCCUUUUCUGUGAAUAAUAAGCAAGAGCCUUGCCAUAGGUAGGCAUUUCUCAGAUUCAUUCCAAGACCUUUCAGUUGCUUUUCUGCAGUUAACUUUGCCUUCCAGAUUGAAUCAAAAUAAAUAUUUUGUACAUUUCACCUAGUAAAAAAUAUGUAGAAAAUAAUAGAAAAGGAAAAAGGUCAAUUGGCUUUAAUUCAUUUUUGAAAUUUUAACUACAUUCUAAAAAUUAUCUGUUGUAUAAUAAUGGAAAUGUAAACAAUUAACACUUAUUUACUCUCUUUCCUCUCUUGUUCUCUGCAGAUUCAAUGAAAUAAUUUGAAAUUAAUUAGAACUCAUGUUUUAAAAUUCUUGUCUCGUGUCAUCCCACGUUUCAUAUUUUAUAUGUAUCGUUAAAUUUGGCAAGUUAUCUCUGCUUAAAAUGUGAGGCUUGACUAGAGUUCCAAGUAGUCACUCAGCUGGGGCAACAUGUCUGGGAAGCUACGAGAGAUUACCCCAAAAUAAUGUGUGAAACAACUCUAGUCAAAAACAUGGUACAGUGUGAGUUUAGGAUAAAGUCAUUAAUUUAAAAUUACAUCCAAAAUUUAGGAAUAACCCACCCUCUAGACAUUGUCCAAAAUAAUAAAAAACUAAAAGUAAGAUUUCUUAGGCUAGGUGGCUGAUUGCAAAGGGCAAGGGGCAGUUGAUCCUGUGAGGCUUCCAUUAGAUAUGUGUUUCUAAACAUGUUUUCUAAUAUGUAAAUUUUUGCUGAUUUUUAGUAAUGUUAAUACUUUGUCCAUUAUUCGUUAUCUUAGCACUGUUAUGUUGCAAACUGUUAAAGCAAGAGUUGAUUAUGAUAAUUUUUAUGUGUUUGGUAAUAACCACGCCAUCAUAUGUACAAUCACUUUAAUAAAUAUAAGUUAAGGACUUUGA